CGCCCCUCGCCGUCCGCGGGUGAUGACGCGCGCCCAGGGCCAUGGCGGCGGCCGCGGGCCCGGCGGGGCGGUGCUCGCUGCUGCGGCGCCGGCCGCUCCUCUGCGGGCCGGCUACGGGCUCGGGUACGGGCUCGGGUACGGGCUCGGGUCUGCUGCGGCCUGUGCCCGGCGGAGGGGCGUCCCUCAGGCUGUGCAGCGCGCGGGUGGCGCAGGACGGCAUCAACAAGCCCGUCAUAGACCGCAUCAUCCGCGUGGACCACGCCGGGGAGUACGGCGCGAACCGCAUCUACGCGGGGCAGAUGGCCGUGCUGGGCAGGUCCAGCGUGGGGCCCGUCAUCCAGCAAAUGUGGAAUCAAGAAAAAGACCACCUGAAAAAGUUCAAUGAGCUCAUGGUUGCAUAUAGAGUUCGACCUACUGUUUUAUUGCCUUUCUGGAACGUAGCAGGUUUUGUUUUGGGGGCUGGAAGUGCUUUACUUGGGAAGAAGGGUGCAAUGGCUUGCACAGUAGCUGUGGAAGAGAGUAUAUCAGAGCACUACAACAACCAGAUCCGAACUCUGAUAGAAGAGGAUCCAGAAAAGUACAAAGAACUAUUGCAGGUAAUAAAGCAAUUCCGGGAUGAAGAGCAGGAGCACCACGACAUUGGGCUUGAGCACGAUGCAGAAGCUACACCAGCUUAUUCUGUUUUGAAGACAGCCAUACAACUUGGAUGCAAAGCUGCAAUAUUUUUAUCAGAAAGAAUUUAGUUAUAUUUUCCAUAAUAGUUGUGGCAAUAAACUGUGACAAAAAAGUGUA